AUGGUCAAAAUGGAGAAAGAAAAUAACCUCCAAGUUACGUUUUCUAAGAGAAAAAAUGGUGUAUUCAAAAAGGCUAGUGAGCUUUGCACACUUUGUGAUGCUCAUAUUGCUGUUAUUGUGUUUUCACCUAGUGGAAAAGCCUAUCUUUUUGGUCAUCCAAACGUGGAAUCUAUAAUAAAUCGAUUCGAAAACAAUGACCAUCCACCUCACAACCCACAACCCAACAUGCAGCUUGAUGAAAUCAAUCGAAACUCUCAGAUUCGAAAUCUGAACAACGAGCUUACUGAGGUGAUGAACAACCUAGAAUCAGAGCAAAAAACGAGUGAAGAGUUGAAGAAAUUAAGAAAAGAAUCCAAAAUACCUGAUAAUUGGUUGAAAGAAUCCAUUGAAGGACUUGAGUUAGGUCAAGCCAAAGAAUUCAAAGGUAAACUUGAAAAUUUGAAGAAACAAGUGACACAUCAAGCCUUUACUAUCUUCGCACCAAGACCUCACCAUCCAGGCUUAUAUGGGGGGAGCUCUAGUAAUGCUCCUUUUGGGGUUGAUGGUGGUAUUAAUAUCAACCCCAAUUUUAACCCGUUGAUCAAAGAAGAAUGGUGA